CGAGGUCGCAGCAACAUGACCGUGUUCACUGUCCUGAGUCUCGUGUCCGUCGUCUCGUACGCUACGACUGUGAUGGCGCACGGCGGGGUGACGUCCUACAACAUUGCGGGGAAGGCAUAUACUGGUUGGCAACCAUACAACGACCCUAACUCGCAGAUAUCGAUCGAGCGUCCAUACUCGUCUUACAAUCCGAUUAUGAGCGCAACCGAUACAACUAUCAGCUGCAAUGACGAUGGCUGGCCGAGCUCGAACCAACUCAGCGCCACAGUUCUGGCUGGAAGCGAGGUGACUGCUCACUGGGCGCAAUGGACACACGCUCAGGGUCCUGUAAUGGUUUACAUGGCAUCGUGCGGAGACACGUGCUAUUCCGUCAACACUGCCGAGCUCAACUGGUUCAAGAUCGCGGAGACGGGUCUUGUUUCCGGUAACUUGCCGAACGGCGUCUGGGGAACCGGUUUGGUCAUGAAUAGCCUUUCCUAUAAUGCCACCAUUCCGAAGACUCUAGCCCCUGGGGAGUACAUGAUCCGCCAUGAACUCCUCGCCCUUCACCAGGCCAAUACGCCUCAAUUCUAUCCAGAAUGCGCACAGCUCAUCGUCACCGGAAACGGCACCGCGACCCCGCCGUCCAGCAUGACCAUCAAACUUCCGGGUGGAUACUCUCAAUCUGAUCCAAGCAUCAACAUCGACAUCUACACUGCUGACGCGGCGAAGACGUAUUCGUACACAGUCCCUGGGCCGGCCGUCUGGACCGGCGAAUGAGGCUCGUCAGUCAGAACGAGCAUUCUAUUUUCAUUUUGGGUUCACGGGCAUCGCGCAGUUGUGUAUUUUACACCUGAUCAAACUGGCUGUAACUUGAGGAGCGUGUAUGACCUGAACACGAUGUCAAUUUCAUGAAG